UGUCUUUCGAAGAUGAGAACAACCGCUCCCAAUAUCGAACGCGCCCCUAUUUUGAAGUUCGACGAAAGCCCCGCCCUCAUGAUCCUCAGGCGGUCAGGCAGGCCGACGUGGUCCGUCAUCAAGGGAAUGGAUCACGGGUCUACAUUCAGUACCUCAAUCUUACAACCGACGACGCGGACUGCGCAGGGUCUUCCGAACUUCUACGCGAUGCAGGCAUCUCUCCGCCGCCACAGGCAAAGACUCCCCCGCGCGACUCGGGCAAUCGGACGGAUCGCAAGGCACGAAGAAGUUCCGAAGAACACCCUCAGAGUGGAUGAUUUCACCGCCGAAUCCGUGUCGGGAUCAGAAGCACCACCCGAAUAUCAAAGGGCUUCACUCGUCAGCCAAGCUAUAUUUCUACAGGAGCAGCUAGCGAAGGCGCACUCCCGCAUCCAACAACUCGAGUACUUCAAAAAUCUCCGUAUGCCAAAGAAGGAGCUAUGCGAGCUAGCGCAACUUGUGGAGGCAGAGGCACACCUACAAGAAGUCGAGAACGCCAUAAAGGAAAGGGAGGAAACGAUCAAGACAUACUACCUUAAGGAGCAACAGAUGAAGAAAGCCCUCCUCGCAAAGCGACAAACCGCACAUCAGCUAGCAACGCACUCCCCGCUCUAUAUCACCUUGGAGAACGAGGCCGAUCAACUCACAUGGAUGGGUAAAUGCAUGCAAGCGUUCUCCGAUGCUCACAAGGCCAAGAAACCGCCGCAGCCGGACGACGCGUCGCAGCGGUAGUGACAUG